UGGUACCAGGAAAAUUUUGAAAGAGCAUCUUCAUCUUCAAGGUGUUGGUGAUGGUGAGCACCACGCGGUACUGUCGGACUCGAGUUCGUCAGAACAAAAAACUCGACGUGAUGGCGACCGUGAUAACCGACGUAGGUUGCCUCGAGCCGCUCACACCCGCCGUGGUAACUCAAAGCGGCGGGGUCAUUGAAGCGACACCGAUACCGCCGCCACUAGAGCCAGAAUCCCAACAGCAUCUGAACCAUGACGCGCAUCGACGCUGGAGGGCGAGCAGCUCCGUCGAGUUUCUAAACAAGGUCAACAGCAUCGACAUUCUCGACACGCGAACCGAGCACCGAACUGUGCUUUAUGUGUUGGAAGUUCAUUUGAGUCGCACGUCGGUCUUAAAGGUAGAACGGCGUUUUACGGACUUCGAACAGCUACGUCAAGGCAUUCAAAGCGCAGUGAGCAUCUUGCCGCCGUGUACGUGUCAGUACUGCUUGGAUUUCCUAGUACAUGUUCGCUUCAACAUGGCUCAACCGCGUGGCUUCGUCAAGCUCACUGCAGGAACGGAGAAGCGCAAGAAGAUCCUGGCUAAGUUCAUCGGCGACAUGGUGGCUAUGGGCAGGCGAAAGGUGGAGAAGGUCGGCAAACGAGAGUGUGAAGCGCAGUUAGUGGUCCCUGUCUUAUUGGAAGAGUUCCUGCUUGGAUAGAGUGUAAAAGAAGACACUAACGUAUCCGAUUAGGGUAGCUAACUGCAAUUCAAUCCUAAUGCUUUCCUUAACGGACAC